AUGUUAUAUAAUUUGUCAUUUGAUGUGUUAUCAGACAAAUCAACCUCACAAGAAAAUAAUGUUUUAUUAAAAUUACCAAAUAAUGAUGUGACAACUCAAAAUAUACCCACUGAAUCAGAAGAAGAAAUGUCAGAUCCAUUUGUAUUUACGACAUCUAUACCUUCUGUCUCUCCUCAACCUCCAGGGAUUGAUUUAAGUUUUGAUAACAAUCUUGAGACAACAACUUUAGAUAGUCUUAUAGCAAAUUCAAGAACAACAAAUUUUAUUGAAUUAUCAACAUUAAAAGAUGACUUUAAUUUGGAGGAUAAUGAUACAAUUGAAGAUGAUCAAAUAAAUAUUACUGUAGCUCCUUUGAAUUCUAGUAAACAGGUAUCAUUGUCAAAUGAUUUUGACAAUAAAACAUCAGAAGGAGUAAAUAAUUUUAGUAAUUUUGAUAUAAAUGAUCAAUAUGUUUCCUUAAUUUCUAAAGAAGCAUUCAUAACAACAACACCAGCAAAUGAACUUAAUGAUAAUGAUGAAUUAGAUAACCUGGAUGAUAAUGAAAUAUUUUUAAAUACUUCCUCAACUACUACAAUAUUACCAAAAAUGGUAAAUGAAAAUAUUCCUUUGACAACAGAAGUAUACCCAACAAACAUAACAUCUACAUCGGAGGAAGUUCAUUUGAAUAAUUCAGAUAAAUUCAUUGUUGAUGAAUAUAAUGGUAAUUCAAUUGAAAAUAAAUAUACAAAUGAUAUAAAAAAAUUAUGCCCAGAAGUUGAGAUUUGUAAUCCUGGAUGUGGUAUAAGUAUUGAUUUUGAUGGUUGCCAGAAAUGUACUUGUUUAUGGAUACCAAACUUUUGUAUAGAAACUUCUGAUUGUAAUGGUCCUGAAUAUAUUUGUGAAUAUGGUAAAUGUCUUUGUGAUAUUAAUUAUACUCAAGAUAUGGAAAGAUCAGGAAUUUGUAUUCCAAAACCAAAUAGUUUAAAACAAAAUGAUGUAUAA